AUGAUUUCGAUUUUGUGCAUUGCGCUUGUGGCUCUGAUAGUUUCCCUUUUCCUACGUUAUUUCACCGCCUUCUUUUCCUCCACGGUACACGCCCAUCGAUCAGUCGCGUCGAUACGAGCAUUCCUACACUCGCCAAACAAGGGCAUCGAAGAGCUGCUCACAGAACGAGCAAAGGCAAAUGAACGCCUGGUUGAAGGCAUGGGGUUAUCCAACACGUUUGUUAGCCCCGAUCGUACAGUCCACAAAGCAUUCACGAUGCAGGCUCGUGAGUUGAUAAAGACACCGCAGGCGCGAUGGACCGAUUUUCGUCACUUGACCACGCAAGCCAUCCAUGCUGAACUGGCGAAUUCAGAAAGUCAUGGAACGUUGUUCGACAGAUUCGUGCAGUCCGUUACGCUUCGCGUUGUGCUGGUGGGUAUCAUGGGUGUGCAGACUGCCGUGGAUAGCUUGGACAGGGAGAGUAUCGUGGUGGUGGUGGAGGGUAUCACAAAGCUCUGGUCACUGUCAAAGAAACCAAGUCCAGCUUCGCGCAAGCUCCUAGUGGACGUGAAGCACCACCUGCGCCGGCUCGUCCUAGACGAAGACACGUUCCCAAACCCUUUAAAUUUCGUCGUUCCGGCUUGGGAGACACUAUGGAGGGUCGUGGCUACCGCCAUCGCGUAUACACAUGACAACCCGCGCUUGGAGAAGUUGUUUUUGGAGGUGUAUGUGAACCCCAAGGAGGAAGUGUUUAGAGCGGAGGGGAAGGACGGGGUGAGUGUCAAGGGAGUCGUGGAUGAAACUAUGCGCUUGCAUCCGCCUUCACGGCAUAUCAGCCGUGUGCGACCACGCUUGGGAUGGAGCUGGGUGCCUGGUGCGCUCCUGAAUGUGAUGGAGAAGCUUUGGCCGGGAACGCAAUUUCAAAGAGGUUACGCGGAUGUCGAGGAGAUACAGAGGAGCAGCGUGUGGGGUGAAGAUGCGCAUGUUUUUGAUCCUGCGAGGCACUCGACAGGUCGACUUUGGGAGGGCCAGGCGGAGACCAUGUCUUUCUCCUUUGGAUAUGGUCCGUUGAGGUGUAUUGCAGCUUCGUGGGCCCCCAUGGCUGUUGCGGUCAUAAGUGCGUCGAUCUUUGACUGUCUUGAGGGUGGAGAGUACGCUGUGGUACCGGGACCGAAUAUUGGUGCUAGAGAGGGCUGGAGGGGGUGGCGGAUUGAAAGUUCAUCUUGUGGGCGAAGCAGAUCAAAAAAAAGCGAGAAUACUUCAAAGACACCAGGAAAGCCGUCUGCUUGA